GGACGUUUCCAAAUCCAACGGCUCAGAUCCUCUCGAAGCUUCACGAGCGUGAAGGGGAAGCCAAAACCCCUUCGUUUAUAAAACCUCAUCCGGCGCUCGCCGGAAACCGACUCCAAGGUGAUAGGUGAGCGUCGCAGCGAGCUUUAUCUGCCCAAGUACCCCGAAACACUAGUCCUCCAAUCCGUCUUCAGUAAAUGGCAUCAGCUUUCAGCACCAUGUCUUUUGCUGCUCCUACUGGCCUUGCAAUGGACAACAAGCUUUCGGCUUCUACUAAAAAGCUUUCCCAAUUUUCUUCUCUUUCUUCUAUAUCAUCUACUUCCAUCAGUGGCAGGAGGCAGAAUGUGCGCCUACAGAAAAGAUGUAACUCAAAAAUCAGUGCGAUGGCCAAGGAAUUGUACUUUAACAAGGAUGGAUCUGCUAUUAAAAAACUGCAAACUGGUGUAAAUAAGCUUGCAGACCUUGUUGGUGUUACUCUUGGUCCAAAAGGCAGAAAUGUUGUUCUGGAGAGCAAAUAUGGAUCUCCUAAAAUCGUCAACGAUGGGGUUACAGUGGCCAAAGAGGUUGAACUAGAGGAUGCUGUUGAGAAUAUUGGUGCAAAGCUGGUAAGGCAAGCUGCUGCAAAGACCAAUGACUUAGCUGGAGAUGGAACAACUACUUCUGUUGUUCUUGCUCAAGGUUUGAUUGCUGAAGGUGUUAAGGUGGUUGCAGCAGGUGCCAACCCAGUUCAGAUUACUCGUGGCAUUGAGAAAACUGCCAAAGCACUGGUUUCUGAACUCCAGAAUAUGUCUAAGGAGGUUGAAGACAGUGAACUUGCAGAUGUAGCUGCAGUGAGUGCUGGAAACAACUAUGAAAUAGGAAACAUGAUAGCUGAGGCUAUGAGCAAGGUGGGUAGGAAGGGGGUGGUUACACUUGAAGAAGGAAAAAGUGCAGAGAACAGCCUCUAUGUGGUGGAGGGAAUGCAAUUUGAUCGUGGUUAUAUUUCCCCCUACUUUGUAACAGAUAGUGAGAAAAUGUCAGUUGAAUAUGAGAAUUGCAAGUUGCUUCUUGUUGACAAGAAAAUUACAAAUGCAAGAGAUCUCAUCAAUGUUUUGGAAGAUGCCAUCAGAGGGGGUUAUCCUAUACUGGUAAUUGCGGAAGACAUUGAACAGGAAGCACUUGCAACUCUUGUUGUGAACAGGCUUAGAGGGGCAUUGAAGAUUGCUGCACUCAAAGCCCCUGGAUUUGGAGAGCGCAAAAGUCAAUACCUUGAUGACAUCGCAAUACUGACUGGAGCAACUGUCAUAAGAGAUGAAGUUGGGCUAACACUGGAUAAGGCUGACAAAGAGGUCUUGGGUACUGCUGCAAAGGUUGUACUAACCAAAGAUUCAACCACCAUAGUUGGUGAUGGGAGCACACAGGAAGCAGUAAAUAAAAGAGUUGCACAGAUCCGUAAUCUGAUUGAGGCUGCUGAACAAGAAUAUGAAAAGGAAAAGCUUAAUGAGAGGAUAGCAAAACUCUCUGGUGGUGUUGCUGUCAUUCAGGUUGGAGCACAAACAGAAACAGAACUGAAAGAGAAGAAAUUGAGAGUUGAAGAUGCUCUCAAUGCUACAAAGGCUGCUGUUGAGGAAGGAAUUGUUGUUGGUGGUGGCUGUACUCUUUUGAGGCUUGCGGCAAAGGUUGAUGCCAUUAAGGAGACUCUUGAGAACGAUGAGCAAAAGGUUGGGGCGGAUAUAGUGAAGAGGGCUUUGAGCUAUCCACUGAAAUUGAUUGCUAAAAAUGCUGGUGUCAAUGGAAGUGUGGUCAUUGAGAAGGUGCUUGCUAGUGAUAACCCUAAAUAUGGUUACAAUGCUGCAACCGGAAAGUACGAGGAUUUGAUGGCGGCGGGUAUUAUUGACCCAACUAAGGUGGUGAGGUGCUGUUUAGAGCAUGCAGCUUCAGUCGCCAAGACCUUCCUCACCUCAGAUGUUGUGGUUGUUGACGUCAAGGAGCCUGAGCCUGUGCCUGCAGGAAACCCAAUGGAUAAUUCAGGGUAUGGGUACUAAAUAAUUGGGACGGUGAUAAGAAUCAGGGGAUCCUUUAUUGCUGGAGUUGCAAAUUUUGGAGCUCUUUCAUUUUAUAAAUUUAAUUCAAAUUGUUUUACACCGGAACUGGAUCUGAGAUGUUAGGUAGUGACAUGGUUGUCACUUUGCGGCAUGUUUAUCAGCUUGCUGGUGUCAAUUUUAUCACAUGUUGAGACUUCUUUAGAAAUGAUUUAUGUGCUGCAAUUUAAAGAGGCUUCACUGGAUAUGCAGAAUUAACUUGUAGCA